UUCUUCCCGGUAGAGUGCGUACCGCUCCACACACACAUUCACACACUCACGCACACGCACACAGAUCGGGGUCACUCCACUUCCAGGCUGGAGGACUGGUUUGUUUUCCGCACCCUCUGACUAUCGCACAUGAACAGUCUGAAGGACGCCGGCAGAGCGCUCUUACCUGUGCACAAUAAACGUCCAAGAAACUCCGCGUUUUCCUCCUCUGAUCGGUUCUUCCACGGUCCACCCGGUGCUUUUGGAAUACUGACAAUAACAAGGAGCGGCGUGGGCGCGCAACUCUCCAAAUCAUGGAAUUAUGGAUAAAGUUGAUGCUUUUGUACAGCUGCUGUUUUGGAGCAAGUGCGGACUUUGAUGGCAGGUGGCCACGGCAGAUGGCCUCGUCCAAUGGUCUGUGUCGAUACGGGGCCAGGGUGGACUGCUGCUGGGGCUGGACUCGCCGAUCCUGGGGUCACUGCCAGCCUCUCUACGCCUUAACUCACAGAGUAGUCGGGAUAAGGUGCCAGCCCCAAGCUGUGUGCCAGCCUGGUUGUAAACAUGGGGACUGCGUGGGACCCAAUAAGUGCAAGUGCCACCCCGGCUUCACUGGCAAGACCUGCAAUCAAGAAGAAGAUCUGGACUAUUUAACCCCACCAGUGUGGGCCAGUCACCUUCCUCUGUUUCUCCCUGUGGACCGUCCGCCAACGAGAGUAGCAAUGGAGGACCUCAAUGAGUGUGGGCUGAAGCCGAGGCCCUGUAAACACAGGUGCAUGAACACAUAUGGGAGUUACAAGUGCUACUGCCUGAACGGAUAUAUGCUGAUGCCUGACGGGACCUGUGGAAACACUCGUACUUGUGGCAUGGCCAACUGCCAGUACGGCUGCGAAGUGCUGAAAGGAGAGGUCCGAUGUCAGUGUCCGUCACCGGGGCUACAGCUGGCUCCGGAUGGAAGGACCUGUGUGGACGUGGAUGAGUGUGCAGCAGGAACAGCAGUGUGUCCCAGGUUCAGGAAAUGCAUCAACACCUUUGGUAGCUACAUCUGCAAAUGCCAUGAAGGGUUUGACCUGCAAUACAUCAAUGGGAAAUACCAAUGCAUAGAUGUGGAUGAGUGCUCUUUAGGUCAGAGCCACUGCAGCAGCUUUGCCACCUGCUACAACACGCCGGGCUCAUACAAGUGCAAAUGCAAAGACGGCUACAGGGGGAUGGGUCACGACUGCAAACCUAUCCCUAAGGUGGUUAUUGACCCUCCAAGACCAGGGAAACUGCCUCCAAAUCAUCACAACUAUAUCCCUGACUUUGAUCAGAAGAGGACCACAACUACUGUUAGACCGCCAGUGACUAAAAAGAAAAUCUACCCUGUAGUACCUAAAUCAACACCUGCCACCACAACCACAACCAAAGCCCCCCUGCCUCCAAAGAGAGUCACCCCACCUCCACGCAAGCCAGCAGUUCCCACAAAGAAGCCCUUCAUCCCCACCAGGAAGCCGCCAGUUCCUACACGUAAACCCUACAUCCCACCAAAGCCAGUAGCUCCAACUAGACGUCCUCCACCACCACCACCACAGGUCACACCGGAGGACAACAGCAUCCAGAAGGAGGUCACCAAACAGAGAGGGGAUGUCCACAUCCCUCGGAAUCAUGGUCAUAACACCGUGCUCGGGAUCGACUUUGACAUUGAGCUCGGCAACACGGCAGACGAAGCCAAGGACGACCCAGAGUCGGGGUAUCUGAGCUGUUCUUUUGAUGACGGUCUUUGUGGUUGGAUAAGGGACAAAGACGGAGACGUGCACUGGGAAACAACGGCUGAUCCAUCAGGGGGACGGUUCCUCACUAUACCAGAGGUAGGAAACAAGAGGACUGGUAGAGGGGCUCGACUGGUCCUCCCACUGACCCCGCCCUGGAACGACGGCAAUCUGUGCCUGUCGUUCCGGCACAAGUUGGCAGGACACCACGUAGGCAUGCUGCAAGUGUUUGUGAAGAAGGGAAAGCAAUACAGCCCAGCAGUCUGGGGCCGAACAGGUGGAAAUGGCUGGAGGCACACUCAGAUUACAUUAUGGGGAACAGGUCUGGAAAGUGUGAUCCUGAAGGGGGAGCGUGGGCGAGGCAGGAGUGGAGAGAUGGCUGUGGACGACAUCACCCUGACAAAAGGUUCCUGCACAGAAGAACACAAUCUAAGGAGACUCUGACUGACUGAGCAGAGAAAGGCAGAGAGAAAAUAAGAGGGAAUAUCAUCCCAAAGAGAACUGACUCUGUUGUGACUCCAGUUAACUCUGCCUCGGCUACUCCCCUCACCCCCACCCUCGCCCAGUGCCCCCCUCCCCUUCCACUCCGAGCCCACCCCCUGUUAUCCAGUGAAUAAUAUCUGAAAAAAAAAAAAAAAAAAAAAAAGUGCAUCUGCGGAAUGCUGGGUUUCUUUUAUUCAACUGUCCAUGAAUACAAAGACUGAACCAAAUCUCAUGGGUGUAUCCCAGCAGCACACCCCCACCCCCAUCUCCUCCGUCUCCCUCUCUCUCCAUCACCGUGUUACACUUAAACCUGCAUGCACCUACUUACCAUGGAAAUGUCCUCUGCCUAACACAGCCCUGGCAGCCUUCCAGCUCCACCGCUAAGAGACAUUCACUUUAUUUCCACCCAGAGAGAGGGUUGUUCCCUCAUUUAGCCAUCUGCUUUGCGUUGCUUUGAUCCUUUAACCAUGAGCCAUUGGAUUUUAUUUGCUUGAUGUUAAAACAUGUGGCCAGGGGUGCAUUUUUGUUGUGAUCAGCAAAAUAUUAGUUGUUGUGAUCAGCAAAAUAUCAGAGGUGUUAUUUCAUUUAGGAGUACAGGUAACAGUAUGUUAGAGGCAAAAUGGAUUUUCAUUUUCCUCCAAAUCUGGUGGACACUGAAAACAUAAAAUCAGUCCGAUUCACAAACCCCAGCUUUUCUCGGUCUAACACAGGUUUACGGUACUGCUACAGUUCUAUAGCACAGUUCUGACUGAAAUGAUGCACCUUUUCUUGUCUUUUGUUUGACAUAUUAUUUCAAUUCUAUUUGGCAGAAAAGGGGGUUUGAAAAAUUUAGCACAUUUUCUACCAUGAUCUUUAAUUGAAGCCUCCAAAAAUGAGUUCGACUCCACAGACACGUUUUUCAGAUACUUGAAAUAUACCAGACAGAAUCGGUGUAUGAUUUUGAAACUUGCAGAUCAGCUGUUACUUUCUAUUAUUAUGCAGGAUGUGCUUUGUUAUAUUAAGUGCAGUUUGUUAUAAAA